UUAGCAUAGGAUCAAAUUAUGGCCAGACCCAUUAGCGAUGGCGACCAAUUCAGUGCUGACUCUUGUGCAAAUCUUAGCUAUCGUGAGCGCCAUCCUUGGCGAGUUAGUCAUUGAAAAAGAAUACACAGAAGGUUUCUACACGGGAGAUGUGAACGAAAAAGGACAACGUCAUGGGCAAGGAGUUCUUCGUUGGAAGAAUGGAGACAAACACGCCGGAAGGUUUCAGGACAACUUGCCCAAUGGACCAGGCACCUAUUUCUUCAAAAAUGGUGUCAUAGGUGAUCGAUUCAUUGGGGAAUACACGAAUGGCCGAAGAUCCAAUGGAAAUGGGACGCUUUUGUUUUCCAACGGGAAUUCCUUCGAAGGUCGCUUUGAGAACGGAGUGCCCAACGGGCAUGGGGUUUAUCAGUGGAACGAUGGAUCCCAACACGACGGGGAUCGAUAUGAAGGAGAACACAAAGACGGGAUGAGACAUGGCGUUGGCAUCUACUAUUGGGCCAAUGGAAAACGAUACGAAGGCGAAUUUGCCAACGGAAAACGUGAGGGAUUUGGAAUCAUGUACACUGAGAAUGGAGACAACUAUGACGGCCAGUGGAAGAAAGGGCAGCCUUUUGGUGAAGGAAAAUUAACGGUGGGAAGCAUGACGGUCGAAGUAAAUUGGGUCAAUGGGAAACCAGUGCCGAAACCCAAAGCUGUGUAAGACAUGAAAACAAUUUCAUCAUUGCUCUUACCGACCGGACAGCAAAUAUACUGUAUUGUACUUAACAAUUAGUCAGAUCAUUAAAUACACCUAUCGUUUUAUGUGCUCGCCAACCA